AAAUCAAAACCAAAAGAGUUGAGUUCGAGUCUGUGAUAGAAGGAAGGCAGGCGAAUGAUUUCCUGCCUGUUGUAGGAGGAAGUUUUUUUUCGGUGCUUUUGUCUGGGAAAAACUAUUGAAACAAUUUCCCAGCUGUUCAAUUACAAUUGGUGAUAUAGAUCGGAAGUUGAGUGCAAUUCUGCAGCUUGUGGGCAAAAAUGUCGACCAGUGCCGGAUCUAGUAGCACUGCCGGUACAACGGCUCCAGGUGGCGGUGGCGGCGGUUCGGCCGGUAACGCAGGAGGCAGCAGCGCUGCUGGCAACGGCGGCAGUGGUAGCAGCAGUACUGGUUCCGGUGGUGGACGUCGCAAUGGCAACGGAAACGGCAAUGGCAGUGGAAACACCACACCCGAAACACCGGCAGUGCCCAAGCCCGAGACGAAGGAAACCAAGUCCAACCCGAAAAUUUCCAAGGCACUAGGAACGUCGGCCAAACGCAUCCAAAAGGAGUUGGCCGAAAUCACACUUGAUCCGCCUCCGAAUUGCAGUGCUGGCCCGAAAGGCGAUAACUUGUACGAAUGGGUUUCUACCAUUUUGGGCCCUCCAGGAUCCGUCUACGAGGGAGGUGUGUUCUUCCUGGAUAUUCACUUCUCACCGGAAUAUCCGUUCAAACCGCCCAAGGUCACAUUCAGAACGAGGAUAUAUCACUGCAAUAUCAACAGCCAAGGUGUUAUCUGCCUCGACAUCCUCAAGGACAAUUGGUCACCUGCGCUCACCAUCUCGAAAGUGCUGCUUUCCAUUUGUUCUCUACUAACAGACUGCAAUCCAGCUGAUCCAUUGGUUGGAAGUAUUGCCACACAAUAUCUGCAAAAUCGGGAAGAGCAUGACCGAAUUGCUCGCCUGUGGACUAAGAGAUAUGCAACGUGAUUUCCUAAAUUUGACGUUCUGUAUAUUUUUAUGUGAAAAUCACUAAUAUUUAUAAUUCUAACCAUAACGAAGGAAAACAUACUAAAACUAAUAAACUAAAUUGAAACAAGAGUAAUAAAAAAUAGCAACAACUCAAUGAAAAUCGGAAUUCCAAAUUCAGAAGCAAAAGAAACCAACCGCCAGGUAAACUAUUCCGUAGUAGGCCGCAUUCUUUUUCUAAGUCUAUUCGCGAACUGAACUGUGUGCUUCGCUAACUCAAAGCUCCCCUUGAGGUCACACAAGAUUCGAUCCUCGAUUCCCUAUUGGCGUUUCGGUGCACACAAUUACCCUCGGAACCAAGCAACACCCAACAAACACUCGCAAUGUAACACUUUGUUAAGGAAUCUUCGUUUGCCUUCUAUUCAGUUCGGUUGCGUUACCGUUGUGGAUCGACUUGUGUAGCGUACCCUGCAAGGCGCGCUUUAUUACCGUAACUACGAACUUUUUUUUUUCUACAGACUCGACUCCCCAACAAUAUAUCCAUACGUUUGUUUAGUUUUCAGAUGGAAGAAGUAGCUCUAUCUAUUAGUAUGAUAGUUAAGUAAUGAUAAAGCUAGGAUUUAUAAUUGAAAUGCACCGUCGUCGUCCUCAUCAGAAUUGUAAGUAGUCCUUGGCAGCAGCGUGACGUGUGGAAAAACAUUUGGUUCUAACUCCAGAAAAUAUGUGUUGCGAAAAAGUUGGCAAUGCAUUAAUUUUUUGAAAGAAAUCAGUUCUUAAAUGGCGUCGUAAAAAAAUAAUGUCAUAUCAGUUUAAAUGUAUUCAAUGUGAUUACCUUGUCCUAAAAUUUCCAAUAGUCAUACAUUUUUCUAACGGAAUAAUUUUCAUAUGAAAUGAUUUCAAAAAUUUAAAACACAACAUCUCGAAUCGUUCUGAUUCUUGUUACUGAAUAUAUUAACAUUCUUUGCUUUUCUAUUCCUUCACUCGAAGCAACAAUAGAUGUGAUUGAAAUUCGUUAAAGACUGAUGUCGUUGACAUUUUGUAUUCAUGAACAAUUCGAGAUCUCAGAUUAAAAGAUGUAGUAAUAAAGAACGCAAUUGUGGCAAAAGCUUUAAUUGAUGAGUUGAAGGAUGGAAUAAGGAAUUAUAUACAUUGUGAGGUAACUAAUUUAAUAAAUUAUUUUUGUACUCCAAGAAGAAUAACAAGUACCACAGUUAAAAUUUAAAAAAACGUGUAAUAAUGUGAUAUGACAUGGAAAUUAAAAAGCCAACUAAGUUUAAGAUCAAAAAUAAUCGCUACACAUAUUUUCAAAACCAUGUUUUCAAGUAAAAAAAUCGUAGUUGUUUCUAGUUUGGUUUAUCGUUAUAGGAACCCUAAUUAAGUAGGUUUGAUUGGCCUAAUUUAGUACUAGAUCAAGCGCGAUAUGUACUCAUUUCACAUCUGGCUGCUAGAACUCGGACGUGUUAUCAAAAGUACAUUGGAAAAAACACUACUUUCUCCAUCCUAUCAUUUCCUUUUGAAAACGUUGACUGGGUCAGGUUUUGUUCACAGACAAACAGGAGAUUAGAAUCGAAAAAAGUGGUGACAUUAGAACUUCAAGAAAAAUCAAUAUUUAAACUAUACAGAUAAUAAAGAGCAGUAAAUGUGAA